GAGAGGGGAUCGAUGAUCGACUUCUCUUCAGCGGUACUUCCUGGUAUCAGACUGUCUCGUGACAAAGAUGGGCGCAAAAUCUACCCUCCGCCAUUCAUCACGGAAGACGAGCUUGAAAAUCAAGAUGAGAACUCGCCUCCCUCGUCCGCUCCCUCUUCGCCGCUUCCGUCGACAAACAUCCCAAUGUUCGUCAGCGACUCGGAAGACAGUGACUCAGACUUAGAAUUGGACUCUGCCGACUGCGAGUCGGACGCUGGCAACCCACAGAUGGAAGGUGCUUACUUUUGAAAGUUGUGUGCGUUCUGCGGCGAUAUGUUUCAAAUCACAGCGUGUGCUAUCUUGUUUGCUCUUUUUGCUCUGUCUCAGUUGCCUUAUUUGCAUUAUUGCCUUGGUCUAUCUGUUGUAUGUUUCGUCGCUUUCUCCAGCUCUUUUGCAAUUCAUGGUCCUGCGUAUCGUCUUUUUAUCAAUCGCCCCUUCUGCCGCUCAUCCGUUGCACACUCGCACACUCGCACACUCUCGUGUAUUGCCGGUCCUCGAUCUUCCGUCUCACGGCAGGCAGAUGCUUCCUGAAUGCCUUAUCUCCCGAUGAAGCAUGCAUACUUGCCUUCGCACUGGCUGGUGUCCCCGGACUUUGCUCAAGUGCACCGAGAGAGAAUGGCCAGAGGGUCGUGCGUUCAGUGCCGAGCGGAGAUCAAUCAAGCUCCAGCCAGUCAUCAUCCAACUUUUCCAGUCUUCUCCUG